UUGGAUGAUGAAAAUGAAAAGAAAUACCGCGAAACACUGACAGCAUUACGUACGGCGCGAUCCCUUAACGAGGAAAUGGAGCGCCUUAAGCAAGAGAACGGUAAUGACAUCGGUAAGAAUGAAUCACACCGAGCCCGAGCCAUUCUUCGUUCGCUGGUACCACUCGGAGAUCUUCAAGGAGUACUCAGCCUUCGAUUUACGCUCAACAACCCUGCUGCUGAUGAGGAAAGGCAAAGGUCUGAUAUGCCAUCGGGGUUAAUACCUGGUCACAAACAGAGUGUUGGUCUGUUCUUGGAGCGGGUGUACGGUAUCGAAACUCAGGAGUUGUUCUAUCGAUUAUUAGAAGAAGCAUUCUUACCGGACUUACGAGUUGCUACUAUGUUGGAUAGGAACGAUGGUUGUGAGUCUGACAUGGCACUGUCUAUGAACCGCUACAUCGGUAACUCCAUUCUGCCGCUUCUUAUCAAACACGCCAACUUCUACAACGAAGCUGAGAAUUACGCUAGCUUAUUGGACGCUACUUUACACACAGUUUAUAGGUUAUCCAAGAACAGGAUGCUUACCAAGGGUCAACGUGAAGCGGUUUCAGACUUCCUUGUAGCAUUGACAGCGGCUAUGCAACCUUCAAUGUUAUUGAAACUUUUGAGAGAACUCACUGUUGAUGUGUCGAGAUUAUCAGAAUAUACAACUGUUGCGCUACGGCUGUUCACUCUGCACUACGAACGUUGCGCUAAAUACUACGGUAGUACCGGCGGCCAGGGUCUAUAUGGAGCAUCGUCUGAUGAGGAAAAACGUCUCACUAUGAUGCUGUUCUCAAACAUUUUUGACUACCUCAGCAAAAUGGACUACGAACCUGAACUAUUUGAGAAAACCUUACCAUGUCUCGUUGCUAUUGGUGCUGAUAAUCCUCAAUACGAUCCCCAAUCUAUAAACACUUCUUCAGUGGCACUCAAUAAUGAUCUCAACACAAUCGUGCAGAAGUUUUCUGAACAUAACCACGACGCUUGGGCUUCAAGAAAAAUUGAAAAUGGUUGGGUGUAUGCAGAGUCCUGGUCGGACAGCCAAAAAAGUCAUCCAAGACUCAAACCUUAUAAUAUGUUGAAUGAUUACUUAAAUAAUUUCUGUAACAAAAUAAACACAUCUGUUGCUAACAAGAAAUCUGAUAUAUACGUAUUUGUUUAG